GCGACAUUCAUACCUUACUAUCACAUCUUGCUAUUGGGCUUUCACUGAGACACCCUUACGCAGCCUAGUUCAUUUGCAGGACUGUCGGAGUGCGCGACGAAUCCAGAAUCAAGUUUGGCCAUCACACGCAGGGCCUAAUUCAGUACCAUGCGUUGUGGUGAUGAUUUGCAUGGAAGACUGAAGUAGUCUUUCAUACUAUCCAUCUUAGUGAGGAUUCAGACAUAUCGGGAAACCUUUCCAUGUCUAAGUGUAAGUGAGAGGGUAUCCAAGAGCAGUUUAGCGGAUUUGUCUAUUUCGCUUCUUACCAAGGGCCUUCGAAUUCGAGUAUGAUUAAAACUGUCUAUUAGUAAGUGGCUUUACUUUUCUAUGUGUGAAUAAUGGACGGUAUUAUUCCGAUUCUUGCGACUUUAUUCGGGUGGUAGAGUGGGACUAUUUGAAGGCGACACAGAAUAGUUUUUUUAAUGAACUGUAGGCACUUUGCAUGUGUACAUAUAUAUACAUUUGGUCUAUAGCUCUUAGGAAAACCCAUGAAGUAAAUAGCAAAAGAACAAAGAAUUUGUUAUAGUUGGUACAUAAACAAGAGGAACUCCAUGCUGAGAUCGUCAGCAGUCGUGCUAAACGCCACCAUUAGGAAUAUGUACCGCCCUGGGUGCCAAGUUGGGUCGCUAAGGACCUCUUUGAUGUCGAUGUGGUGGUGAAAACUCAUGCCUAUUACAUGUUCUGCAAUAAAUCAAAAUAUUUUUGUGUUUCUUUUGUUCUUUUUAUCGUUUUUAUUUUUCCCAGAGGUCUAUGUCUGUGUGUGUCGGAAGGGGAAGCUGCACAAACAUUACUCAAGUAUUCCUAGAGAGACUAUAUGGUGGGUACAAUUCACCUUUGAGGGAUGCGUUCUUGAUUGUGCAUGCAUGCAAUACUAUGGGGAAAACUGUGGACAUAAUUGCACAAUACUCUUUUGUAGUAUGAAAGAGAAGACAACAAUAACCUUCGCUAUUUGUGCAAGAAGCGUUUAAUAAAAACAUGACAGCUAAGCAGUUGUGAUUCUAGUGAUAAUAAAAGUGUUAAAAAUGAAAAUUUACCAUUUCAUAGGUUUGCUAUAUUCUUUAUGAUUUGUCUAUUUAUGAUUAAGUUUCGUAUCGAUGGUAUUUUCCAUCCCUAACGCUGCUUUUUUCUUCUAGUAUUGUGAUUAAACCGUAACACGUGAGGUAAUUAUUAUUUUUCAUUUCUUCUAUUUUUUUUAAUUGAUUGAAUUUUGUAUCCGCAUCAAUAGAUCGAGAUCGAGAGUUCUUUAUUCCGCAUACAUUACGCGUUUUAUCUGCUUAUUUUCCCUCCGAUUUUACACCUUUUUGUCCCUCAUUUCGCUUUCAGUUUCUAUUGUAUUGAUUAUAUCGAAAGUUCUCUAAAAAUAAAAUAGUUUACAUAUAUAUUUAUAUAUCAAUAAGGAAAAGAAAAGUAGAGUGCAUCCCAUGCUUCGUCUUGCUAUCAAAGCACCCCUCCUUGCUUUCUUCGCCACUAGUACCUCGUUCGGGAUUCGCUCCCAGUCGUACGGCGAGGUGCUGUCGUCUGACAACCCAGGUGAAGGCAACCCGAGGUCGGCGUGGAGACAGUCCUGGCAGGGUCGCCGAGGGGCGCGAAUUCCCACCUGGCUACUCCCGCGCUUUGAGAUCCACGACGUGCGUGAUGACCCCUCCAAAGGCCGGAUGACGCGCAUCGCCGUGGAUAAGAAACAGCUGCUGUUCCUCCAAUACCCCCAACUGGGGCCGCGCAAGAUGGAUCCGAAUGACGACACCCCGCAGUUCGACUUCGAUCGGCGGAUUUCCGUGCGUCUGCGGCAUAUGGACCUCGCCGGGCUCGUCUCCGUGGUCGAGGGCCGUGUUGAGAGCCAUGCGAUGAAGAACAACGCCUACGACCUGGUCUUUGAAAAGACCUCGGAAGGGGGUUAUGUGCUUUCCGGCACCAUCCAACGCGCGACAUCGGACAAGCCGGAGCCCUGGUCCGUCCACUUCGACAGCCAUUUUGGGGUGACCAUCGAGCACUUCCUGCAGAACGCCCUCACUGAGAGUUUCGGUUUUAUGCGAUUUCAGGAGCGCGCGCUCAGUCGUAAUGAUGAGGGCCGAUCCACGGGCGGUCGCCGCUGGAAUUACGGCCCCAACCGGAGGCGCGGCAACGGCGACGAUGAUAAUCGUUCCAGUCUUCAGCGGCAACAGACGAUAGAGUAAGGUAUUUUUUUCCUCUUCUGCAAUCAAGGAGGGGCCCAAGGUGUAGGGUAUAGAAUAUUCCAAGGAGAGGAGAUUCAGAACGAGGUGUGUGUAUGUGAUUCAGCCUUUCUUUGGUUAAUGUGGUAGAAUUAAAGGAUAGGGGCGUUGGAGUACUCCUUUUGGUUAUUAGGAGAGAGAACGAGCGAGUGUAACUAGCCUUAUACAUGGCAACCAAUAGGUCUGUAGAAGUGAUGGAACAAUGGGUGGUAUCUGCCUCUGUUUAUCGUAUUUAUUUUUUAGUGUAUCAGAUUACUUCUCCAUCUUCUAUCACACAUUGAUUAAAUACAUAUUUCCAGUACCGACAGACUUCUGCUUGUUCGAUUUGCAUCGUGCUGUAUCCGAUUAAUAUGCUCAGUUUCCAAUCUUUUGUAUAGUUUAUUUUCGUAAAUUCUGGUAGCAGAAAAACCACUAAUUUAUUUCUCCUUUUCCCUUACAUUUUCUAAGUCCUCAUCAAUACCAACAGUAGUGACAGUAUUACAAUGAAUGAAACGUCAAUCAGAGAGUGGCACGUACAUUCAAGUGACACAAAAGGUUUGAAGAAAUGGAGAAUAGAAGAAAACAAAAAUUACUUCCAUCUCGGGGUGUGGGCGCUCGGUACUGGUAAAAUUGCGUUAUGCAUUUACCUUUUCGAAUGUAAUUUCCCUGUUACUCCGAAACCUAUUGUCAUGCGCUGCUGCUGAGAGUUCUCUUCUCCAAUUGCACCAGAGAAAAGAGAAUUUCCCGCGUAUUCCCGUUUUGCUGAGUGUCUGACUGAUGACCUUGAAGAUCUUCCUUUUAUUUCCUCAUUGGGUUUGAAAGAAAUGGUGGAGAUACGGAAAAAUAACUCUCACAGACAGCGGAAUUCAUUGACUGUUCUGUGUGGGCAUGCGUGGUAGUGAAUGUUUCCAGAGAAACUCCUUUAUGGAUUCCCUUCGGCGUUAUUGCCUUUUUUUCUCAUUGAACAGUGUGUGAAGGGGGCUCAAUUGCAUUGAUGGGAUUUUUAUGACCAUUGCCUCCACGACUUCCCCAAAUCGUUUAGUUUUGUCGUUGAUGCGACUCUACUUUGAGGGGUGUCGAGCAAAUUUGUUUGUUUGAGGGAGGCGUACACAAUUUAUGGCUUCUCAAUGCAAAUAUUCAAAGCGGUGGAAUGAGUCAAAGCAAAA